CAAGCUGCACAACACGGAAGUCGUCAGUUCAACCCGUUUGGACGGAACGACUUUAGGAGCCAAUGUUUUCCCUGUAGCACACGAUGCCUGCUGAAAGCCCGGAGGAGAGGACGCUGGAGGUGCUGGCGCUGCCAGCAGCAGUGGAUGAGGAGCUGCUCUUUCUCUACUUUGAGAAUAAGCGGCGCUCUGGAGGAGGUCCACUCGUCUCCGUGGAGAAGAAAGAUGACCGUGCCGUGCUGGUGUUUGAAGAGGCAGAAGCUGCAACAAGAGUGCUGUCCAAAGGGAACCACGUUCUGCACAAUGUCGAGCUAACUCUGAGGAAACCCGCCUCAAAGGACCCGUGUCGGCUGCUGCUACGGGGGAUCAACCCCAACACCUGCACGGAGAUGAUAGAGCUGUAUGUGGAGAACAUGAUGGGGCUGAACGUGCCUGACUACACUCUGCAUCCUUCACCAGGGAGAGAUCUCAUCCUCAUUCACCUCAGCCAGCCCUUCUCGAAAGAUUUCCAGAAACUUAGCGCUAAAAUCUCCCAGAGGAAACUCGACGGGGCCGCGGUGACUCUUGAGCAGACUGAGCAAACUGACUCGGUGUUGGUGGAGAACCUGCACCCCGGCACCACCUCAGACACGAUCACUUUGUACUUUGAGAGCGCUCGAGGCGGGAAUCAGAAGGUGAAGGAGGUGAAGAUGCUGUCAGAGGGUGCAGCCAAGGUUUCCUUUCUCAAUUAUGAGUCUUUGGGCCCUGUCCUGGAUCACCCGCAUAAACUGGAAGGUGCUGAUCUCGUUGUGAUGCCGUACUUCUACUUCCUUCAAUGCAAAGAAACAUCAGCAUCACAAGACUCUAGAACUGGAAGCCAAAACAUGACUGAGACAAACUCCCAGGAUGUUCCCAUGCAGACCAGUCCUCCAGUGGAGGCCCAGUCAAACAGUCCGUCCUCCCUUCAGACAGCGUCAGAGCCUCUUGUUGCACAUGAAGCUGUAGAAGAAGCAACAGCAGUAGAAGAAGUUGCAGAGGAAGUCAUGGAGCAACAAACAGAGGAAGAAGAAAUAUUAUCAAAACGUAUUGCUAUUGCUGAUCCAGUAAAACUCGAUUUGUUUAAACUCAGCACUUUUCUAAAUGACACUGAAAAGGCUCACCCAGAUUUCACCAUCCAGAUCCAAGACAGUGGCGUCCACAUCACCGGGACUGACAGACUAAAGGUUGAGCAGAUAGAACACGCCAUCUUGGACUUUUUUGGCAAUAUGGCUCAAAUUAAUUUCACCCUCGAGUUAGAAAAAGCUCAGUUUCUUGAUAGAAAAGAUGUAAAAGAUCGACUACUGCAGACCAUGAAACAAAGUGGCUCGCCUGCUCUGUACGCUGUAUCAGACUGUAACGCCGUGGUCACCUCCCUGUCUUUAAACUCUGCUAAGCAGGCAUGUAGCUUUUUGAAAUCCCAGUUGUGUCACUUCAGCAUACCAGUGGACACGGAGCAUGAGUGCAUGUUAUACUGCAGAGAGUGGUCCGAGUUCCUACAGGCUCUGGGCCUCUGCUCUGUGAAGGUGUCCGAAGGAGGAGGGAAUAUUGAUGUGUUCACCCUGAAAGGGAUGGAGAGUGAAAAGCAGGCUGCAAUCAUGGAGUUUCUCACCACGCCAAUUGAGAGGGAGACGGUGAUCUCGAUGGAGCCGGGCAUGCUGAAAUACAUCCAGACCCACUGCCACCAGCUGCUGGCUGACAUGGCACAAGUGUCCAUCUUCCCACUGGAGGCCGAGGACAUCUGUGGGUUAAAGAUCCACGGCCCUGCCACCGCUUGUCAAAUGGCCGAGGAGGUGUUAAAAGACGUGGUUUCCUCCAUCUGCACCAGAACCAUCACAGUAAAUGCUCCAGGAGUGACGCGCUUUUUAACGGAGAAGGAGUGCCAGAGCAUCCUGAAGGAGAUGGAGACAAAGUUUCAGGUCUACAUCAUCGCAAAGCAGGUGCCCUGGGAGUAUCUGCCACACCAGGACAUUUUUGAAACUGCCUGGAACAUUAUGUCUCACAAAAACUUCCAGAAAGUGUCUGCAGAUGGAUCUCCACAGGAUUUAAAAUCUGAUUCAAUGCAGACUGAUCACAAUGGAGCUCCAAACAAAGGGCUUUUAGAGGAGGCAAAGAGAAUCGUCUCAGCCGUCGAUGGAAGAGUGCAAAAGGGUGUGUCCAGUUCAGACCAAGUCGAUGACAUGGAUGAUGUGGACCUGUACACAGCAGGUGAACCCACCAGCCUUGCAGACCAGGACCCUUCUGCAAUAGAUAUUGAUACUUCCCAGCUCUCCGCUGAAGGGAACACUGCGAGUAAGUUACUCCUGAUGGAUAAUGGAGAACUGGGCCUUUCUAGCAACCUGGAAGAAGAGGCCCAACUGUCUUUAGCCAUCCAGUACUCUAUGGAGUCGAGUCAUUGGUCCCAGGAGGAUGAGGAAGAACAGCUGCAGAAGGCCUUGGAGCUGUCCAAGAAGAUGAUCCAACAAGACGCCUCUUCUCGUAGUACUGACAAGAGUCCCAAGGAGAAGAAAGACAUCAACCUUACCUUACAAGAUGCCAUCAAGGCAGCCAACACUGUACAGAUACAAGUGUAUGCAGGAUACCCCUGUGACCUGAUUCGGGUAGACAUAGCUUUCGGGAAAAAGGUCUCCCAGAGACAGGUGGAGGAGAAACUGGAGCACAGGACUGUGAAGAACAUGUCCGAGUACCACAGGAAGUGUCUAGACAUGAUCAAGAGGAAGCACGCAGUCGAGAUUCAAGUUCAGGGCACCAUAAUCACCGUUUCUGGCUUCAAGGACUAUGUUGUCGGAGGAGUGUAUGACGUGAAACUGCUGCUGGAGAAAAUCUCCAAUUCUGUAUCCGAUCAGGAAAUCCUGAGGACUGUCCAGUGGGUGUAUCAUGACCCAGACUCUUCUGGCAUGACUCCUUAUUCACCCGAAGCCACUGUCUUCAUCGAGAACGCUUUGAGGAUGAGGCUGAAGAAAGUCGAUAUCUUGCUGGACAAUCAGCCACACACCAUCAACUUUGAGAAGAUGCAAGAGUACAGCAUAGCAUCGGGGAAGGCUGUGAAAAUCUCCAGGAAGUUGCCCGCAUUAGGGGAUUUGGAUGGCGAUGUACCAGAAGAGGAAUACUCUCUGCUGUCAAACCUGCCCGACGCAACCAAAGUCGAUGAGGAAUCUGAUGAAUUUCAGAACGUGGUGAAGAGUUUCUAUGAGACCAUCCAGGAAUACCACAGCAAAAUCAGAAUCAUACAGGUGGAGAAGCUCAUGAACCGACUUCUGUACAACCAGUAUAAACUGAAGAAGGCGAGCGUAGUGCAGCGCGCCACUUAUCCGGAGGUUGAACGGACUCUGUAUCACGGCACCAGCGAGACGAGUGUGAAAGAAAUCUGCGUUCACGGAUUCAACAGAAGCUUCUGUGGAAAGAAUGCCACCGUCUAUGGUCAGGGGGUGUAUUUCGCCGUCAAUUCCGCGCUGUCUGUCCAGGAUCAGUACUCACCCCCAAAUGCAGAUGGACACAAGUUUGUUUUCGUGUCAAAGGUUCUGACUGGAGACUACACCAAAGGCUGCCACUCAAUGAAGGCGGCCCCGCUGAAGGAGACGGGCGACAUCCCGCUCAGAUACGACAGCGUCACUGACGACAUCACCAAGCCGACAAUGUUUGUCAUCUUCAACGACACGCAGGCUUUUCCUGAAUAUCUCAUCACGUGCCAGAGAAUCCACCGCUGAAGCAAAGUCGUCAGAUAAUAACGGACUGUUUUUGUUUUAAUUACCUUAAUUUUUAAAAGAGUGCAUUUGAUUUAUAAAGGGCUGUUACAGUGUACAGUAGGAAUUUUUUUAAUGAUUGAAAUGUCAUGAAGUACUUUUCUGAUGACUGUUUAUCAGUUUUUUCCCCUUUCUAUCCUCAGUUUAGUCAAAAGAAACUCAAACAGCUAAACCCAAAAAAGUCCAUUUUAAUUAAGUAACCUUAAACAUUCCCUUUAAAGCACAAUAAGACUUAACUGCACCCUUAAAUUCUCAGCAGUUAUUGCAUGGCAUCUCACGUAUAUCAAUACAGUCAACCUGGUACCACAUCUCCACUGGUUAAUCUCCUUGCAUAAACUUGCAAGCAUGCAAAGUAUUUUAUUUAUUAUUUUUGAAAUAAUGAAAAAAAUCUGCAGCACAUACAUCUUGAUUUUACUUAAUACAGGUAAUUGUAUUAAUGUGAAUAAAGAGUUUUGAUUUGUAAUUUAGCGUGGUGACAGUGCUGGAUAUGCUGCUGUCAGUUUUAGAGGUUAAUUCACACAAUUUUUAAUCUUUUUUUACAGCCCAGUUGCAUGAAAAAAUAUCGACAUUGUACGUUUCUGGAAACCAUUGAGAUGCUUCCAUUAACUUAAACUUAAUGUUUCAACAACACUGUGCUUAAUAUGCGGUUCCAAAAACCACUCUGUUACGGUGAAUAAGAGAUCAUAUUUUGGCUUAAAACACUAUUCCCGGGGCUCACAAUCCCAGCAGGAACAGCAGCAAUGUCCUCAUUUAAAAAAAAAAACAAAACACGUUACGUGCUUGAAAAGCUGCUAGAAAAACGGGGUCACUACAAAACACUGAUGUUUGCUGCCUAACAAGCAGCAAAAAAUGUAGCAAUGACUCAGUGAAUUACAUUUUUUUGUUUGUUGGUCGUCAGCAUUGGUCUGCAGCUUUGCAGGCGUCUCACUGAGCUGCCAGGCCAUCCAGCUCCUUAGAGACGUUGAUAUGAUACAAAUAAAACGCACUAAUGUAACGACUUUGUGCUUUGCAGAAACGAACAAUGCCAACAUUUAAUUCUGGCGACUGGGCUGAUGUUUCUUCAGUCAUUAAUGUUUGCAUAUAGAAGGUUUGACAUGACCUAAAUAUAAUCUAUUUUUAUUUGAUUUUGGACUUAGUGCUUUGAGUUUCCCUCAAGUUCCGCUGUAGUGUCCUGCUUCUUCUUGGCCUUAUGAGAAGAUAACACUGAGAAAUUCCCCAAAAUGUAGUCACAGUAACAGCCUGGUGUGUCCCAGGUCCACUGAAGAACCUUGAAGAAAAUGUCAUUGAAAAAUGAUUACCUUUUUUACAAAGUUAGGCCCAGGUUGAAAUGAUCAAAAUAGAAUUAUCCUCAACAUAAUAUGGCUAAUUAUGAUUUAUUCUGAAGUUUUAAGCAAUUUGUGCUCUAUUGUAAAUGCUAAGCCUUGCACAUCUGUGUCCCUAAAAGGAAUGCAUAUUCCUAUUGUAAUAAAAAAAAAUAUCUUUGAGUUAAGCUGUGUGCACCUGGUGCAAAACAUGUGAUGGGUUUAUCCCUUAUUCCUGCAGUGCACUGAACACAGGCUGUGAUUAUGGACACAUGAUUGAUUACAGUGCCUCUUUUUUUUUGAUUAAUGAAGUUUUGGGGUUUUUAAUAUCUAUGACUAUUGUCCAGGAAUGUGUUUACCAAAGAUAUUUUUUCAAUUUGUUUGUUUUUCUUUUGUCUUUGUUUCCCCAUUUCCCAAAGAAAACGGGGGAACAAAUGCAGUCUUAAGAAAGAUCAUUAUAUUUUUUAAGAAAAAUAAAGCAUCUUAAAAAUGACAAA